CCAUGACUUUCCCAUUCAAUUCGCUUUCCAAAUUACUGUAAACUCCUCUAUCUAGAUCUCUCUAGCUCAGCAAUGGCGUUCAAGAAAACUCUAGCUCAGCGCCUCUUCAAAAUCUCGAAAAUAUCAAAUCAGUCCCUGGAGAAUUGCCGCAUUUCCUCUCCCGCCGUCCAGCCUCGGAUACCUCAAAACCCGAGCAAAACCAACAUUGCUCCCGAUCCAGGAGAUAAUGGCAUCUUCAGACGGUUGUUCCACAAGAGAGCCCUUCUUCAGACGCCUGCCUCCCCGGAGCUCCGUUCGAUGCAAAUCGGGGAAAGCCUGAUGGAAAAACUCAGGUCCUUUGACAUCGCAAAGGGUAGGAUCAGAUUGGAUGGCCUGGUACCACCGGAAACCAACUAUUUAGAUGGAUCUAGGCCGGAGAGGGAACCGGAGAAGGAAGGUUUGUCGGCGGAGGACGUCAGGAAGUUGCUCUGGGCCGCGCAAUUGGAAAUGGUGAAAUCAAGGCUCAGAGAGCUGGAGAAUAGCUGGAUAUCUUAUCCUGAAUUCGUUCGGAUCUGCGGAGAAGGCUGUUCGGAUCAUGAACAAGGGAUUCGGGUUGCCAAAACACUUGAUGAAUCCGGAAGCGUAAUCAUCAUGGGAAAUGGCGUGUUCCUCAAACCAGAGCAGGUGGUGAAAGCCAUUGGAGGGUUAAUCCCAUUGCCAGCAACCAGCCCUAACGAUCCAAGAAGAAAGGAGCUAGAACAAAUGGAGAAGCAAAAAGCUGCAAUUGACAAAAAAGCCGAUGCCCUUGUUCGCCGAGAACUUUGGUGUGGGCUUGGUUAUAUGGUUGUCCAAACAGCUGCCUUCAUGAGGUUAACCUUCUGGGAACUCUCAUGGGAUGUGAUGGAGCCUAUUUGCUUCUAUGUCACAUCCAUGUAUUGCAUGGCAGGAUACGCAUUUUUCCUCAGAACAUCUAAAGAGCCUUCUUUUGAAGGAUUCUACAAAAGCAGGUUUAGUGUAAAGCAGAAAAAGCUCAUGAAGCUCCACAAUUUUGAUGAAGUGAGGUAUAAUGAGCUUCGAAAAAUUUGUUACCCCUGCUCGUCAUCUUCAGAGCAGAUACCCCCCAGCAUUGUCUCCACUUGUUAACACUUGCUACAUAGAUUGCAAGACGGACAAAAUCAUACAAGUGAAAUAUGCAAUUUUGUUUAAUUUUAGCCUCUUUUUUAGAAGUAGGUGCGGCUUCAUGUAAACCUGAUGUGGAGAGUCAAGCCCCAUAAUUUCCCCUUUUUAUUCAAAUUGAAAUAUAACAAAUCAAAUCAUUCAA